CGCACCCACAUCAACCUAUAAAAGCAGUACGUUCUGAGAUCGGGGCUGUAUGCUGAAACCACUCAACUUGACGCUCAAGGUUGGUGCGAAGUAUGGACAUGAGGGCGUCGGUCGUGUAUUUCCUAUGGCUCGCUUCAGCCUGCGUGCUGUGUGUGAGAGAGAAGCCCUACUACAAUUUCAAACUUGUGAGAAUUGCUGCCGGAUCGUCGGAGCGUUUGGAUAGGAUUUUACACCAGCUUCCACAGAUUGACGACCUACAUAGGAAUCCCCAUGACAAUACCUUGCUAGCCAUAGUAUCACCAGAUGAUCUGGCAGAAGUUGUUCAAACUGUUACAGAAGAAAAUGGAGACGUAGAGAUAUUACAAGACAAUUUACAAGAUUCCGUAGAUGAGGAAUUUCGUCACUUGGACAUGAGGAGACGCAAACGAGCAACGCUGGAAUUGGAGGAUGCCAUCAAAGAAUAUCUGACGCUUGAUGAGAUAUACGAGUUUCAAGAUCGGGUCAAGUCCUCUUGCAGCAACUUUGUAGACGUGAAGAAGAAAACUAUCGGCUACUCCGCAGAGAACAGGCCCAUCAAUGUCAUGACGAUAUCACCAAAGAACCCAGGAAGAAACAGGAAAACAAUUUUCAUCGAGAGUGGAGUGCAUGCUCGGGAGUGGCUGUCCCCCGCCACCGCCAACUACAUCGUCUACCAGCUCGCGUGUAACAAGAGCAACGCGGACAUGAUUCAGUUAUUUGACUGGGAAGUUGUCUCCCCUGUCAACCCUGACGGAUAUGAAUUCACCCAUUCGGGUUAUCGGUACUGGAGGAAGAACCGCCAAAGGAACCUUCGGUCUCGCUGUGUGGGGACAGACCUCAACAGAAACUUCGGAACAGGGUUCGGAAAAAGGGGUGCUAGCGGGAAUGCCUGUUCGGACACCUACAGGGGCCGAUACGCGUACUCGGCACCCGAGGCGAAUGCACUGAAGCAGCACAUCCUGGGCAACAAGCAGGGUAUCAUCAGCUACCUGUCCAUACACACGUACGGCCAGUACAUCCUCCUCCCCUGGGCCUACCAGAAUAAGAGGGUCGCUGACAACGCCAAUCUGACUUUGCUUGCAAAAACUGCCGAGAAAGCGAUGGGAGUUCCGUUCAGGAUAGGCCCCACAUACUCCAUGCUAUACCCUGCAGCAGGUAUAACAGCCGAUUUUGCUCGCGACAAGGCCAAGGUCGCCCGUUCCUACACAUGGGAAUUGAUGCCAAGAACAGGCAAGCGACUGUCUGGUUUCUCGCCAAGUGAGAACCUUGUCCCCUUCUACACCCCGACUAUCUGGCGAGGAAUACGGGCAUACGCCGUGGCGGUAGCAGAUGAGGUCGGAAUCACCGCAGAAGACGUUUUCUUGGCUGGGGACGUGGAGCCAUCAGUACCAAAUCCUUACCGUGACAGUAUUCUGGAAGCCUUUAAAAACUCUAGCAUGUAUCCUGCACUGUUGCAGGUUCUACAGAAUGGAAAAUAAAUUCGUUAAAUG